AUGUAAUUUGUGUCACAAGAAAAUUAAAAAAAUCCUAUCUUUUCCACCAAGAAAACGCAUAUCACCCCAAUCCAACGGCCCAGAAUCAUCGACAGUACACAUACGAAUCACACAGUUAACCCACUCAAAAUUAGGGCUUUCUUUUCCCCCAAUUCACCUGCCCUAUAUAAACAAAUAUCGUUGCAUAACUCACCAUCCUCACUUCUUCUUCAUCAAAUUACCAUUUCAAGCUACACAAAUCAUGGCUAAAGGUCCCGGACUCUACACCGACAUUGGCAAAAAAGCCAGAGAUCUUCUGUACAGAGAUUAUCAAGGAGACCAUAAGUUCACCAUCACGACGUAUUCGCCUACUGGAGUUGCAAUCACAUCGUCUGGAACAAAGAAAGGUGACUUGUUUCUUGCAGAUGUCAACACUCAAUUGAAGAGGAACAAUGUUACUGCUGAUAUCAAAGUGGACACAGGCUCUAAUCUUUCGACAACCAUUGUGGUAGAUGAACCUGCUCCCGGGCUAAAGGCAAUUUUUAGCUUCAAAGUCCCCGAUCAAAGGUCCGGCAAGUUGGAACUGCAAUACUUGCAUGACUACGCUGGAAUCGCCACAAGCAUUGGGUUGACCGCAAACCCUAUUGUCAACUUCUCUGGUGUUGUGGGGACCAACCUUGCUGCUAUUGGUACCGAUGUUUCUUUUGACACCAAGACUGGGAACUUCACCAAAUGUAACGCUGGCAUCAGCUUCUCCAAUGCUGACCUCAUUGCUGCUUUGACUCUGAAUGACAAGGGUGAGACUCUGAAUGCGUCGUACUACCACAUCGUGAAGCCAUUGACCAACACGUCAGUGGGUGCAGAAGUGAGGCACAACUUCUCGACCAAUGAAAACACAAUCACAGUUGGCACCCAGCACGCUUUGGAUCCAUUGACCACAGUGAAGGCCCGUAUCGACAACCUUGGCAAGGCAAACGCUCUUAUCCAGCACGAGUGGCGCCCCAAAUCCCUCUUUACCAUUUCAGGAGAAGUCGACACCAAAGCUGUUGACAAGAGUGCAAAGUUUGGUCUUGCUUUGGCUCUUAAGCCAUGAGGAAGUGUUUGGUUUGAUCUGGCUCUCGAAAUGAAGGGUUUUUUUGUCGUUUCAUACUUUUGGUGACGUAGAAAUAAUUUGCAAACAGUUUUUUAGGUGAUUUCGUUACCUGCCCAUGGAUUGUAGUAUAUUUCCAGAGGUUUAUCUUCUUGGUUGGUUUGUUCAUUGAGUACUCUUUAUGCCAAAGGUGUUUUUAAGAUGC